CCGCAGUCUCUGGUCAUCUCCUGUACUAUGUCCGCAGUCUCUGGUCAUCUCCUGUACUAUGUCCGCAGUCUCCGGUCAUCUCCUGUACUGUGUCCGCAGUCUCCGGUCAUCUCCUGUACUGUGUCCGCAGUCUCUGGUCAUCUCCUGUACUGUGUCCGCAGUCUCUGGUCAUCUUCUGUACUGUGUCUGCAGUCUCUGUCCAGAAUAUUUUUUUCCUUGUUUUCCUCCUCUAAAAUCUAGGUGUGUCUUAUGGUUAGGUGCCUCUUAUGGAGCGCAAAAAUACGGUACUUAAUU